GGCGGGGCGUGGCGCGCGGCGGCGGCGGCGAUGGGGCUGCGGCGGGCGGUUCGGCUCCUGCCCCUCCCCCAACGGCGACCCCGGAGCGGCCCCGGAGAGACCCCGCGGUCCCCUCCGUUGCCCCGACGGCGGGUGCUGGUGGCCGCGGUGGCCCUGGGGGGUUCGGUAGCCCUGGGCUGUUACUCGGUGGCCGAACCCCCCCAGCGGCGCCGGGCUCGGCUCCUGCUCCAGGGCGUGGGCAGGUUCUUCAGGUCUCUCUCCGUGGGGCUCCACAUCUCCCUCGAUUAUUGGUGGACGACGAAGGUGGAGCUGAGGGGGCUCCGAGAG